AUGUCAGAGUCCAAAGACCAUAUUUUGCUCUGUCCGUCGCCCGCUGAAUCCAUUCGGGAAUGUACGGUAACUCUGGGACUCGGUUACCCGUGCGCUCCGAACCGUAGGUUGGCGUUCCACCAUCGUCCACGUGAAUGGAUCGAAUCCCGUCGUGGAACUCUCGGAUCCGAAAUCCAACGCCAAGGACUGGUGGGGCGGGCGAGCGGCUCGGCCGACCCGACAGUGACAACGGAUGCUACCGAGUGCCUGUCUGACCUUGGGCGGACGUGCCCCAAUCGCCUCAACCAACGCCGCUAUCACUUUCUCUUCCCGUUUGUAAUGCCGACGCGUACGACCGUUUUCGUCGGACUCUGGUUGCUGGCGGCUGCCAGUCUGCCAACGACCCACGCGUGGCAAGCGUCCCCGUGGACUCGUUCUACUUUGCGUUCCUCGUCGACGGCGCCACCGUCCGCUCGUUCCGUCACGACGCAACGAUCCCGUCUCGCCUCAGCAGUCGCCACUGCCGACGAACCACCGUUGCAGGGAACGGGGACCGCUUCGAUUCCGCAAGAAGUCUUUAAUCUCGUCAAGGGCAUUGUCGGCGCCGGAGUCCUUUCGCUGCCUUCGGGGAUUGCCGCCUUUGGGAACGCUCCCUCCGCCGUACUCCCCGCCGUCCUCCUCAUUUCACUCAUUGGCGCACUCUCCGCCUACGGGUUCGCCUUAAUUGGACGCGUCUGCAGUUUGACCGGCACCACCUCCUACCGGGACGCCUGGAACGAAUCCGUCUCGCCCAAAACGUCGUGGAUCACGGCUUGGUCGGUUACCUUUAUGACCAUUAACGCCACCUUGGCCUACAGCAUGAUUCUGGGAGAAACAUUCCAAUCCCUCCUACUCACCGCCGGAUACGCCUGGAGCAAAACAAAGAUUCUCGCCCUGCUCACCACUACCGUCCUCUUGCCCCUCUGUUUACUGAAAAACCUCAGUUCGCUGGCACCCUUUUCUCUCCUGGGUUCACUGGGAAUGGUCUACACCGCCAUCGCCAUGGGAAUCCGCUACGUGACCAAGGCCUACGUCGGCACGGGAAAGUUCGCCGCGGACUUGCCGCGAGCCUUGCAGCCGUCCUUUGGAGCGAUUGGGGCCUCCGGGGUUUACAACGCCAAGGCCAGUAUACUGCUCGGCAUGCUGUCGACGGCCUACAUGGCCCACUUCAACGCUCCCAAAUUCUAUACCGAACUCCGGAACAACACUGUCCCGCGGUACGUCAAAGUCGUCGCCACCUCCUUUGGAAUUUCCAUCGCCUUGUUCGCCACCAUGGCCUCCCUCGGAUUCUUGACCUUUGGAGCCGCGUCCAGUGGACUCAUUCUCAACAAUUAUUCCAUCAAGGACAACUUGAUGGGCCUUUCGCGGAUUGCCGUUGCCGUUAGUCUCGUCUUUUCGUACCCCUUGGCCUUUGUCGGAGCCCGCGACGGGAUUCUAGACGUGGCCAACGUGGCCCCGGAAAAACGGUCCACCGGAUUGUUGAACGCCUUGACGGUCGGAUUGCUGUCCUUGGUUACUGGACUGGCCUUGGUGAUCCCGGAUGUCUCCUUUGUCAUGGCCUUUGGGGGUUCCACCUUGGGCAACGCCUUGAUUUACAUCUUCCCCGCCUUGAUGUUCCGCGGGGCGGUCCGCAAACUCAAGGCACCCACCAAAGGACAGCGCCGUGAAGUCAAACUCGCCAUGACGUCGGCCUUGGUCGGACUCGGUAUGGGAGUAGUCGGUGCCGUCAAGGCUGUACAGUCGGUUCUCUAA